UUCUCAAUAUUUGGCAUUCUCUUUCUUAUCUGACGUGUUUAAUUCUUAUUUUCCGUUUUUUUCCAGAACUCCCUCCUCCUUCAUCCUUCUCAUCUUCAUCUCCAUCUCCAUCUCUGACCUUCUCCAUUUUUGUUUAAUCUUUGCUCGUCCUCCUGAGAGAGUAAGUGUUCACUGAGAUUACCCACGCUCGAGGGAAUUUUCUGAAGCUCAUCGUCUUAAUCCAUAAAAACAAAAAGGGAUUCAAAAUGUGUUGAUUUUGGGAGUUUGAUUUACAAUCAACAAUUAAAUUUGUGAAAUUAGGGUUUGAAACUUGGGGAUUUUAGGGAAUUUCAAAGAUUCGACUAAACUACCGAUCUCCCGAUUCUCCCAGUUGCUGAAAAGAAUUAUUUAAUUAAGUUCUUGAUCAUCUUUUCGCGUACAUGCAUAACGUUUUUAAUAUUUGUUUUUGUUUCUUUUAUCUUAUGUUGCUUUCAAUUUACUUCAUAAUCCACUGGAAUUGAGUUACAAAUUGAGUAUGGGUCAGUGUUUUCUCAGUUGUGGGUGCUCCUUAGUCCUUUGUACUCAUAGAAGGAAACUCGAAGUUUGUUUGGAAAUGAAAAGUGAUCUAGUUUUUACUAUUAUAUAUAAUGUUUAUUAUUCGUGAUUUGUGAUCUUAUAUUGUGAACCGCUAAGGGCUCCACCCAAACAAGUAGAAUUCUUCAUCUUCCACCUCAUGGGGUACUUAUUUAUCUCGGCUCUUACUUAUUUGUCGCUUCACAAACGCCUAACUCCAGUAUGAAUCUGUGGCGCAAUGGUAGCGCAUCUGACUCUGUCAGAAGGUUACGUGUUCGGUUCACGUCUGAUUCUCUAAACAGUUCAAAAUGAGAUUACUGCACAUUUCAUUCUUUUUGUAAGCAAUUUAUUUAUCCAUUGUCUUCAUGAUAUGCUAGAGUUUUGCUUAGUUCUUAAAACGUCAAUCAAAUUCCUUGUAGAUUCAUAUAAGUAUACCAAAACAGUAGUACGUUUUAAACAGGUCUGUGAUUACACACAUUGUCCAAUUGAUUUUCACCCAUGACUGCAUAUAUCUACAACAAACACAUACAUAGUUUAGUUGGAUUCAAAAAUUAAAAUUAUAUGCUUAUAGGCUAUGAUUAUUCUGAAGAUAAAAUGUUAACCCUAAAUCAUAUAUAUUUUUUUAAUGGAACUUCUAUAUAAAAUUGACUUAAGAUUAAUAAACCCUCGAUAUUAAUAUUGAUUUAAGAUUAAUGAACCCUAAAAAUCAUGAUUUAGAAUCGAUUUCAAAUCAUGUUUAAUUUCUAAUAAGAAUUUAUAUAUAAUCACCUUGUUAGUUUUCCUUCUUCUUUGUUGGCUUUGAGUUGUUCACUAAUGAUUCCUUGAGUGCGGUGACAGAGAGAGUUGUGGAGUUUUUUUUUUCCUUUUCUUUUUCCUAAUUUUUCCGGUUUUUCCAAUAUUUAAUAUAUCAUUUGGUUUUUUUCGGAGCCAAUUUUCCAUGGGGGGAAGGCGAUUGCCAAGUCUUCUGGUUUUCAUUUGAUCAAACCGAUUGUUCACUAAUGAUUCCUUGAGUGCGGUGACAGAGAGAGUUGUGGAGUUUUUUUUUUCCUUUUCUUUUUCCUAAUUUUUCCGGUUUUUCCAAUAUUUAAUAUAUCAUUUGGUUUUUUUCGGAGCCAAUUUUCCAUGGGGGGAAGGCGAUUGCCAAGUCUUCUGGUUUUCAUUUGAUCAAACCGAUUCUUCUUAAUUACUUCUCUUCAUGUUUGGCUCCUCUUUUAUUUCCCCUUAUGUGCAGCUACACCUGGAUGGUUCUCUCAACUCGAACAACAUAUGAUACAUCAUCCUAGGGUUUCUUUUAGGGUUUUCUUCUGAUGCUUGACUGUGACUCUUGUACAUCGUCAACUACUCCCAUUCCGAGUCCCUUAACUGCUACCCCCUCUGUUAGCUUUGUUUCCCCGUCUGAAGGUGGUGAAGUUUUCUUCCAAUGCCCGUUCAGGGGGUUGGAUGGGUGCAGGAAUGGUGUCGGGGGUAGGGGAUUACUGAAAGCUUCUCUGUUCAAUCAUCUUAAGAAUCAACAUUACAAGGGAGUGGAUGGCAAGGACAUGUGCUGGGAGAGGAUCAGGAGCGGUGCAGUAUUGUAUAAAGCUUGGGAUUCUGUCCUAUUACAACUGAAGAGCUGGCUUUUCUCGCAGUGUAUGCACGUGAAUGCAUGGGGGAAGAAAUGUAAGCUUCAUCAGGGGGAUAUUGUGUCUGCACCGGAUAUUGUUAUUGGCGUAGAUGCUCUCAGCAGCUCUAUGGCUUCUACUAUCGUUGGGAAUGUCCAAUCUGGAGACCGUGCGCUACCUUCUGUGAGUUCGGAACUUUUGAAUAUUGUUUUCCAGGCUAACAUACCUAUUGUAUCCAGUAUUCCUCCGAAGUGUAGAUUACACUUUGCUCGCGUCUUCAAAACCGUGCUUCAGAAGGUGAUCGCCUUGCCCAAUGACUUAGCUUCGUGGAUUCAUUUGUUGUUAUUUCCAAUUUGUACUCUCCAUUCAUAUACUCCUCAGAGCAGCCAAGAAGAGAAGGCCUCUAACAGGAAGAAUCUGCAAGUUCAGUCCAUCAACCUAUCCUUGAGCCAGUGGGACGAAACUAAUGGUUGUAUGCGUCUGGUCGAGAAGUUAUUGGAGGAACACGGACUGCGGCAAAAGCUACUUGAUGAGAGUAAGAGACCCCAACUUGAGAACCAGGACUCGACAAACUUACGGUUAUGUAGAAACAAGCUAAGGCAUGGUCUUUAUGCAGCUGUUAUUCGUACUUUAACGUCUAGUGGUGUUGCUCUGGACAAUGAGGGCACAUUGAAUGAGUUACGGAGUAUGCAUCCUACUGCAGCUCCACCCCGGAUUUCUUCCACUCCAGUUGGGCAUGAAGCUAUGAAGGCUUCAACUGAUCUUGUCGUAGGGAGACUUAAAAGUUUUCCCAAGGGUACUUCUUGUGGGUGGGACGGAUUCAGGGCACAACACUUUUUAGAUGCUCUUAGUGGCUCUGCUGCUGCUAUUUCGGAAGACCUAAUCGCUUCUAUCACGGACGUAGUUAACCUGUGGCUUUCUGGUUCUUGUCCUCCUGCUUUGGGUGAAUUUGUGGCUAGUGCUCCCCUCACUCCGUUGGUUAAACCGGGCGGCGAUUUAAGACCCAUAGCGAUUGGUACUAUUUGGAGAAGGAUGGUUUCCAAAUGUGUUGCAACUCAUGUAGGCAAGGAAAUCAAUGCAUAUUUAGGCGACUUUCAAUUUGGGGUUGGUGCUAAAUGUGGAGGGGAAGCUAUUCUACAUGCUGUCAAUCGUAUGCUUGAAGAGAAAGGAGGCUCGGACAAGCUUUCCAUGUUGCUAGUAGACUUAUCGAAUGCCUUUAACCUCAUUGACUGCACGGUUAUGCUCUCUGCGGUACGUAAAUUUUGUCCUUCGAUAUCUCGUUGGGUUGAGUUCUGCUAUGCUUCACCUGCUCGCUUAUAUUAUAUGGAUCAUAUACUCUCUUCUUCUAAAGGAGUACAACAAGGUGAUUCUUUGGGGCCUUUGUUGUUUGCUCUUACCCUUCAUCUUUUGGCUAAAAAGAUUGCUAUGGAGUGUGAGAUUGAACUACAAGCUUGGUAUCUGGAUGAUGGCACCUUGAUAGGUGACACCCCUAUGGUAGCCAAAGAUUUGAAGAUUAUCCAAGAUGAAGGGGUUUUAAGGGGUUUACGUUUGAACAUAGCGAAAACGGAGUUGUUUUGGCCCACUCCGGAUCCGAAAGCUUCGGUUGCAAGUGUUUUCCCUCCUAAUAUUAGUAGGCCUUCUAAGGGAGUGAAGUUAUUGGGUGGCCCGGUCAGUCUUGAUGCUCAAUUCAAUGGAGAUUUGGUUGUUGGUAGAGUGCGCAAAACUAUAGCUCUUAUUGAUGCUGUAGAAAAGCUAGAAGACCCUCAAGGUGAACUGCUCUUGUUCAGGAAUUGCGCGAGUGUGUCACGGCUUUACUUUACACUAAGAACCACUAGACCUGAAUUCAUAUCUGAAGCUCAAGAUUUAUUUGACACUCGGCUGGUUCAAUUUCUUAGACAUAUUAUUACUGGUGAUGGCCCUGGUUACGGUCUUCUCCAACAAAGGCUUUCUACCUUGCCGUUCAGACAUGGAGGUUUGGGGGUAUAUACGAUGCAGGACACUAAGCAUUAUUGUUUCCUUGCCUCUUGUUUGCAGACCCUUGAUUUGCAGUCCACGAUUCUUAGAUGCACCGGUAUUGAAGACAUGUGUUUUCGUGCAGGGGUUCCGGCUAGGAAGGAAGUUGAUUUGGGGUUUCUUGCGAAUAAUGGCACGACCCUGAGACCAGCUGAUAUAUUCAUAUAUAAUUGGGAUGAUGGACAUGACAUGUGUUUCGAUGUGACUGGUGUUUCAUCUUUCACCGGUGGUGGGGUUCGUUCCUUUGUCUCAGGCUUGGCCAUUAAGAACGCCGUUACUCGCAAGAAUGCUAAAUAUUUGGAGAAGUGUACGUCUCAAGGCUAUGGUUUUAGAGCGCUUUCUUUCACCACCUUAGGAGAGUUGGGGGAUGAUGUUAUAGACUUUUUGAAACGUCUACGCAAUUAUAUUGCUAGCCAUGACCCUAAUGUUUGAGUUGGGGAAUCUCUUUUCCAUAGGUUGGGUGUAGUUAUUCAAAAAGGAGUUGGAGCUCAGCUUGUUGCUAGACUUCCAACUAGUUUCUUACCGGUUGCUAAUCCUUUAGAUCUGUAAUUCUCUUUUUUAAGAUGAAAAAUUAGAAUAAUAUAUCAUUAUUUAUAUUUAAAAAUAAAAAAAUAUAAAAC